AGUCCUGCCCGAGGAACGCGGAGAACGCGUCCGUUCGCCGUGGCGAGAGGUGUCUCGUUUAAUCGCGGUCGCAUGUUUUCGCGACUUUAACAAAAUUCUUUCGUUUUUUCACGUUUUACGUUACACGAUUUCCACCGUAUAUCUCUGAGGAGCUAAACAGGACGCUCGCAUUCCGCGCGUGCCGCGACGUCUGGACCGUAAGAGGCAGGUAGUCGUUCGGCCGCGCUGGAGAUGUGAGUCAUUCCGAAGCGAGAUAUCACCAACGAAAUCACAGAAUGGCCUUCCUGUGUCCCGUGCGUAUACGUCGUGGAAAGAAGAAGAAACCUGGAACACAUAACUUCAAUUUAGAGAAAGACUGCGUUGGAGGUGGAAGUACAGGACUUGGUCUAGGCACCAGGGUACCAUUGCCUCCUGGACGGAUAACUGGAAGCGCGAGUAUCGAAACUCUCGUAAGAGUCGGCAUUGAAAAGGAAAAUGGGCUUUCUCCAGACAGUAAAAUGGUCAUCGUGCACGACUUUACUCCCUGCGUGGACGAUGAACUUCAAGUUAAAAGGGGCCAGGUGGUUAACGUCCUUUAUAGAGAAAAUGACUGGGUGUACGUGAUAGCGGCGGAUACGCGUAUGGAAGGUUUUGUGCCGCAUUCAUAUUGCGCACCGUACACAUCGCAACUGGCGGAAUUGACACUUGCCAGUUUGAAUAACGUGAAGAAGAAGCUGCCACGAUCCAGCGAGAACGAUUGCGAUCUUCUUACCACGGGCCGCUUGCAAGAGACGCAACAGACCGACACCGGAUCUGCUUCGGAUUGUGAGAGCUACGCGCGAAAUAAUAUCACUACUGCAGACGUCAAUGUCAAUCGCUCCAUCACGCAAUCUCAGAAUUCCAUACAGACUAUAUCGUCUCAGCCGGAUGUACAUCCCUUCUUCAAGGAUCCAUCGGCCGGAAGAUAUAUUGUCCUUUACACAUUCGUGGCGCGAGACGAGAACGACGUUAGCGUCGAGAGAGGUGAAUUUGUGACGGUGCUGAAUCGCGACGAUCCGGAUUGGUUUUGGGUGCUUCGACAUUGCGAUGGUAAUGAGGGUUUUGUGCCGUCCGGUUUCGUCUAUCCCGGUCACGUUCUCCAUUCUUACGCGACGGCUACCACGACAGCCGCCGCCACCGCCACAACAAAUACAGCGUCUGCGGAGACUCACAGUCCAGGCAAAGGCACGGUGGGCAAUAUAACGGGAGGCGAGUCGCUGCAGCAAAAAGGAGUGCGAGAUUUCCGGGAUGAGACAACCGGUACGGAGUUAGUGGUGCUUUACGAUUACAAGGCGCAGGCGCCGGAUGAUCUAUCGGUGAAACGGGCCGACUGGAUUUACGCGGAUCUGGGAAAUCAGACGGUGGACGGUUGGUUGUGGGCCUACGCGCCCAAAACCCGCAAGUACGGUUUCAUUCCUAAAGCGUACGCGCGACCCCCUGCCAUGACCAGCUUAUGAGCUUAAGCCGUUCUUGUACGUACUUUUAUACGCGUAUAUCUUUUAUACAUAUUUUUAUGCAAUAUAAAUGUUUUUAUACACAA